AAAAUGCAGGAACAGAUCCGUCGUGCCCGAUUGAUAAUGGAUAGGCGGUUGAGCAAAGACCACGCACUGUACUAUGGUAGGUAGUCAAAAGUCAGGUACCGUGGUAGGAGUAUAUGGUAUAUAUUGAAUAUGACUUCGCUUCUUUUUUUUUUUUUUUUUUCCUCCUCAGUCCGCUCGCUUCAUUCUUUUGAGCCAGUCGUCGUCUCCGGCCGCGGUCCAGCCCCGUCAAAAUGUUCUCCAAGACCAUUCUUUCGUCCGCGCUCCUCGCGCUUCCCUUCUCUAUCCUAGCCUUACCGGCGCCCGCCUCGCCCGCUCUCUUCCGCCGGGACGCCGGCCCCGUCCUCGAGCAAGACAGCGUCAAUGCCUCUCUCCCCAACGUCACCAUCUACGCGACCGGCGGCACCAUUGCCAGCAAGGGCGAGACGUCCGGGCAGACGGUGGGCUACAGCGUCGGGCUGGGCGUCAAGGACCUCGUCGACGCCGUGCCCGAGAUUCUGAACAUCUCCAACAUCUACGGCUUGCAGGUCGCCAACGUCGGCUCCCAGGAGGUCGACUACAAUAUCCUGCUGGCCCUGGCCCACAACAUCACCAAGGAUUUGGCCAAGGAGGAAACGACCGGCGUCGUUGUCACGCACGGCACCGACAACCUUGAGGAGACGGCCUUCUUCCUCGACCUGGUCAUCAAUUCGACCAAGCCCGUUGUCGUUGUCGGCUCCAUGCGCCCCGCCACGGCUCUGUCCGCCGAUGGCCCGCUGAACCUGUACCAAGCAGUCACGCUGGCCGCGUCAGAGAAGGCUAAGAACCGCGGCGCCAUGAUCGUGCUGAACGACCGCAUCGGCGCCGCCUUCUACGCGACCAAGAACAGCGCCAACAGCCUCGACACCUUCUACGCGACCGAGCAGGGCCAGCUCGGCUUCUUCAUCAACCAGGUCCCCUACUUCUACUACACGCCGGCAGCCGUCCCGGGGAAGCCGCACUUCUCGGUCGGCGCCAACACGUCGCUCCCGCAAGUCGACAUCAUCUACACGCACGAGGACAACAACCCCGCGCUGGUGAAGGCGUCGAUCGAGAGCGGCUCGAAGGGCAUCGUGUUUGCAGGCUCUGGGGCUGGCUCCGUCGACGACGCCAUGCUUGCCGUUGCUGAGAAGCAGUUCAACAGCACGCACACACCCAUGGUCGUCUCGCACCGUACUGUUGAUGGCUUUGUCCCUGUCGAGGAUGUCCAGGAUUAUAUGAUUCCGAGCGGGUUUUUGAACCCUCAGAAGGCGAGGGUUUUGUUGCAGUUGGCUGUUAAUGCUGGGUAUAGUAAUGAGAAGGUGCGGGAGGUCUUUGAUGCGCUGCACCCGUAA